AUGGAAGAAAGAAUGAGCACGGAAGAAUGCACAUGCAUAAUGAAGGAGGAAACACAGAGGGUGAAGAGCAUUGCAUUUCAUCCCAGCAAAAAGGUGGUGAUAGCUGGGCUGCACAGCGGGGUGAUCCAGGGAUGGAACUAUUUGUACAGGACAAAGAUAUUCGAGCUCUCCGAGCACGAGGGGCCUGUGAGGGUGGUUGUAUUUCACCAUCUGAUAGAGAGGUUUGCAUCGGCUGGUGAUGACUGUCUUAUACGCAUAUGGGACUACAAGACCAAGGCGGUUGAGACAGUGUUCAAGGGGCACACAGACUACAUCCGAUCGAUAGAGUUUCACAAGCAUCUUCCCUGGAUAAUUAGCACAUCAGACGACCAGACAAUAAGAAUAUGGAACUUCCAGUCGAAAAAGCAGAUAGCAUGUCUGACAGGACACACACACUACGUCAUGUGCGCUAAGUUUAUCAAUGACAAGAUAUUUGCAAGUGUGUCGCUGGACCAGACCAUACGCAUAUGGGACUACUCUGCGCUAGUGACAAAGAGCCAAACGAGUGUGAUGGACAUGCUGGGAGUGCCUGAAGUAGUGCUUAAGCACAUAAUAGAUGGACACGACAGAGGAAUCAACUGGAUAUCAGUGCAGCCAGAAACGAGCUUAUUUGCAACAGGGGGAGACGAUAGCACAAUACGAAUAUGGGAUGCAUCGCAGGAUGGCGUUUUUGAGAAAGAAAUUCUGCAGGGGCAUCACAGCCACGUAAGCUCUCUGUACUACACUAAGACAGAAACACUGCUGAGCAACAGCGAAGAUGGAACCAUGAAGAUAUGGGAUCUAAAAAAGAAAAAGCCUGCAAAGUCAUUCAGCAUAGACAGCAGAUACUGGUGUUUGGCCAUGGACAGCGAUGAGACUAUGUUUGCUGCUGGGUAUGACACAGGCUUCUCCAUAUACUCGCUGGAGACACCGUAUCCCAUAUACACAGUCUGCGAUGAUGUGCUGUACAUCUGCAAGAACCAGGAGGUGCUAAAGGUAGAAGACAGCAAGCUCGUAAAGGUUAUGAACAUACAGAAAGACCCGCAGGAGGUGCUGGUGCAUGAGAAUGCCAUUAUAGUGAACUAUGGAAACAACUACAUUGUAAAUAACAAGUCAAUGUAUAAGGGCAUGGGGUAUGCAACAUUCGCAUACGAGAAGAUAGCAGUGUGCACAAACAGCGAGGUUAUACUCAGAGAGAUAGACGGAAGAGAUGUAGACUCGCAUAAGAUGGAAGCUGAGAAAAUAUUUCCUAUCAAGGACGGGCUUUUGGGGAUGAAAAACAAGGUUUUGUUUAAGAUAGAGAAUGGACAGGUUGCAGAGAGCACCACCCUGCCUGGGAAAUGCAUGUUUGUAAGGUAUGAUGAUUCGCACAUAGUGGCUGUGUGCAAUAACAACAUUGUUGUGUUUGAUUAUAGCCUAAAUCAGAUCACUGCUAUUGAAGAGAUUAUAUCCGUUAACAGCCUGAUAAUUAAAGAUGGGUGCAUAUUCUACACCACCCCAAUGCACAUCAAAUUUGCAUUUGUGAGCGGAGAGGGAUCGUCUUUUAUGUCCAUUGAAGAGCCUCUGUGGCUUGUGAAGGUGGAAGACCAUGUGUUUACACUGGUGGCAGUUGACGGGUCAGUGGUGGAGGUGGAAAUGGACAUGAUUGAAUUCAAGUUCAAAAAAGCUCUGGACAGCAUGGAUGUGCAGACUAUACGAGAGUGCAUAGACACGGGCGCUUUGAUGGGGCAGGUGUCUCUAGCAUGCUUGAUACGGAAAGGAUUCUACGAAGAAGGACUGAACUACAUCGAAGACACAGGCGUUAGACUUGAGCUCUGUUUAAAAACGAAAAGAUUUAAAGAGGCUUUGGAGUACACAAAGGACCUGCACAGCGCAGAAAUAUACAUCAAAACAGGCAGAGCAGCAAUUAAUCAUGAUCUAGACGUGGCAGAGGAGUGUUUUAAGAUGGCUAAUGAUUUUACGUCUCUUAUCCUGCUGUACAUCGCAGGCAAUAGGGUGGACAAGAUAGAAUCAAUACUGUUUGAGUGCACUGAUGGAAUGUACAGCGCAAUAGCAGCAAUUAUAACAGGAAACAAGGAAAUGCUGUGCAAACUGAUCUCGCUGCAGGAGGAGAUAAAGAGAAUAGAUGUGCUGCCCUCCACAGAGUCAGACUUUACCUCAACAACAGACACUGCAAAGGCACAGUGUCCAAAGGAAGAAGAGGCAAAUGAGUGCGUAUUUACAUCAGACUCGCAGGACAUGGUGGAGAGCGAUGACACACAAACGAUCAAAAAACAUAUAGAGGAAGAGAAAGACAAUGGCCUAGAAAGAGACACAGUAUCAAAAAUGUCUAAAGAUGAUUCAGACCCCGUCUUUCCUUCUUUGAAUAUGCAACGGCUUGAGCGAUGUCUGAAAAAUGUGCCAAGCGACUUGGAUGUGGAGAGAGAGAUAUCGAUUGCAAAGGGAUGUGUUGCAAAUGGAAAGACCCCUGCAGCCAUCAACAGCUUCUUAGUUUCUCUGCACUACUCGAUCAACUCCAUGCGCGAGUCCAGGAACAUGCAAAACCAGAAGUGUCUUGAAACAGCAGCAGAGUAUCUCCAAGGGCUUUUCUCUGAGAAAAUAAGAAGAACAACGCAGUCUGAAAAAACAAGCAUAUCCUGUGCUGUGUUCUAUGCAUCUUUGAAGCUGGAUAGAGAGCACAAAGAAAAAGCCAUCAAAGCAGCGAUUCCCAUAUGCUACAAAAAAGGAAAUAAGCACACUGCAAUGGAGCUGGCCCAGGAGCUAGUGAAGAGCUAUGAGUGCACAGACGAAAGAAUAAAAAUGCUAGCAGAUGCGCAUAAGAACAUGAAGGAUGCCUACGUAAUAGACACGAGUUUGCCGUUCUGUAUAGAUGUCGGAGAGUAUGCGGAGAGCGCGCUGCAGUGCCAGAUAUGCAAAGCAUGGUCUUCGAGUAGAUGCAAAACAUGUGCCUGCUGUUUUGUAUCAAAUCUGCAAUAA